AAUUAAGUGGAAUUUAGACGAGUGAUAAUAUCGAAAAAAAAUUCGUCGCGGCUUACGUAUCAAACAUCCAGGUCACGACAUCGGAGAGCUUAUAUGAUCCACAUUAUUAUCGAUACUCGCUAUUUGAUCCGCGAAUCAAUCAAUUAAUUUAAUCAGUCGAGAGCACAGGAAAAUUGGUCUUCUCUGACCUUCAUUCUUCGCACGUGCACUCGACUCGGUAAACCGUCUCCCUGACGUUUUCGCGCAAUCGUAGACAUUCAGCACGUGCGCGUCCCCCUCCCUCGCACUCGUCCGCUUGUCCCGCUUGUCCGCUUGUCCGCCACCUCUUGGCGACUCUGGCGCGAGCGCCGCGAGCUUGUCUCUGUUCCGAUCCGAUAUCGCUCGUCCGCGAUACCGGUUUAACGCAUGCCACUGUGGAAGCAUUACAGAGCGUGGCGUCGAGUCCAUGAAAGUGGGCGGCGUAUCAGACAAAAUCGAAAUCGUCGAAGAUGUUGCGAUCACGCCACAUGAUCACCGUUAUGCUACCAUGUUUAGUCUGGACCGUUUGCGCGGACAAUUGCUCCAUUUCAUCGUACCAAUGUGGCACACACUUCACGUGCCAGAGCAUCUUUGAACGUAACAAUAUUUGUCCGUUCAGUAGAAUGCCAGAACAACUGGAGAAGAUCAAAGGCAAGCUCGCUACUUUCGGUAUGGGCUGCUUCUGGGCGGGGGAUUCUCUCUUUGGAGUACUGCCUGGUGUCAUCAGAACCUGUGUCGGCUACGCUGGUGGGAUCAAGGAGUCUCCGGCAUACAAGAACAUGGGAGACCAUACUGAGGUCAUCAACAUCGAAUAUGACCCAGAACUAAUAUCUUACACACAUCUACUGAACUUGUUUUGGAACAAUCAUGAAUAUAGUCUAACAAAGAAGAUUAAAAGACAGUACAUGUCACUGAUCUUGUAUCACGAUGAAGAACAAAGAUUACAAGCUGAAAAAUCUCGCGAGCAGGAACAGCGGAAGCGUGGAGAAGUCUUUGUCACAGAAAUUCAGAAGUCUUCAAAGUUUUAUCCAGCCGAAGAUUACCAUCAGAAAUAUCGACUGCAGAAUCAUCCAUGGCUGGUUGAGACAUUGGGCUUCAACACACGAGAAAUUUUGUGUGAGUCUCCACUAGCAGCCAAGUUGAAUGGCUACAUCGCAGGAGCUGGUACCCUGGAACAAUUUGAAAGAGAGUUACCGAAUUUAGGAUUAAAUGAGAAGUUGGUACAAUAUUUAACGAAAUAUAUUAUUGAGAAUCAAGGCAGUGGUUUGUACUGCUAGCAAAUCUAGUACAAUGGGAAAAAUGCAAAUAUUUUUUACAUUAACAAAUAUAUAGGUUGGACAUUCUUAAAUUCUUCGUAAGAAGAACACACACAGCUCAAUAUACAUAUUAUAUAUAUUGUAUGUGCAUACUAUAUAUAUUAUGUACACUGGAUAUCACAAAUGUCUUAAAUAUUUAUGUACAUACUUUGUAAUUGUUCAUGAAUAUUUAAUACCGCGAUUAUAUUUAAUGUCCGCCUAAUGUCAGGUGUUCAAUUUUAAUUUUAAUAGCAUAAUUACUGGGAAGGAUUCAACUUUUGCUUGGUAUCAACUUUUCUUAACAAUUAAACGUCGAUUCAUUGA